AUGUUCCUCGAAAUCUGCAGAUUCAGUGUUUUCGAUUAUUGGCGUUCUUCUACCAUAGAAAUCCCCCCCCCCUGGGACAAUGAGGGUGAGCAUAAAUACCUCGGCCACGGCGUCUCAACCAACAUCGCGCUGGACUGGAGAUUAUUCCGAGACAGCGACGCGGUCAUACGACACAUGCGGAAAGGACGUGUUGGGACAGAUUGCUUUGGCGCGAUCGUCACUAGGCAAUUUCCCAGAGAGCCCAUGGUCCGUGUUUCACCUGGGAGUGCGACGAACAAACCCCGAGAGUCGAGACUUUGA